UUCUUCCGAGCUCCUUUCUUCCGAGCGCAGAGGACUGGCAGCAGAGAAAAAACUAUGAGCGUGGGGGCUGAUAGAGGGUCCUUCUCUCCGCACUGGUGGGAUUGUCCGAUAAUACACACUUCUGCUCGUUUCUUGCCUGACACAGCGUGGGCAAUUACUUCUUUUUUAAUUAUUCAGCUGAGAUAAGUCGUGGGACUUCUGCAAGGUUUGCUGGUGAAGAUGUGCUGUUUCCAAAGAAGAUUAAGCUUGUUUAAAGUCACACAGACAACUUAAUAUCAAAACUGCUUUCAAGGCACUAUGUACCAAAAAGCAUAAUCAUUGUUCAUCUAAUUUGUUGGAUCAAAUUGUUCUCAAAUAAAAAGAAUUGUCUUUGCAAAGACAUGGGGGACUCCAACAUUAGCCAUAUGGUAGCAGCUUACACAGAGACGCAGGAGAGUCUUCCAGCAGGCAAGUUGGAUCAUUACAUGGACAGCUAUGAUUUGGACUAUGGGAUCCCCCCUGAUGAGAUCCCAGACACGACGCAAGGCCAGGCUUUCUUUGUGGCCACCAUUGUUAUUGGAUUGGUGCUUGUCUGCAUCAUGCUUGUCUGUGGGUUCGGAAACUUGAUAUUCAUUGCCACGUUGACACGUUACAAAAAGCUCCGCAACCUCACCAAUCUGCUGAUUGCCAAUCUGGCCAUCUCAGACUUCAUUGUGGCAGUGGUGUGUUGCCCGUUCCUGGUAGACUACUAUGUGGUAAAACAGCUUUCCUGGGAUCAUGGAUUAGUGUUGUGUGCCUCUGUCAACUAUCUCCGUACAGUGUCCCUCUACGUGUCCACCAAUGCAUUGCUUGCGAUUGCAGUUGACAGGUACAUGGCUAUAGUCCAUCCUCUGAGGCCACGUAUGAAGUUCCAAACUGCCUACUGCCUUAUUACAGGAGUCUGGAUUGUUCCCAUUCUGAUAUCAAUUCCCACUGCCUACUUUGCUUCUGAGACCAUGUACCCUCAUGGCAGCACCACCCCAACCACUCACAAAGUCUUCUGUGCCCAGAUAUGGCCUGUGGACCAGCAGGCCUACUACCGGUCCUACUUCAUGUUUGUUUUUGCUGUGGAGUUCGUUGGGCCCGUGAUUGUCAUGACAAUUUGUUACACCCAAAUUUCCCGCGAACUCUGGUUCAAGAAUGUCCCAGGUUUUCAGACGGAGCAGAUUAGGAAGAGGUUGCGUUGUCGGCGCAAGACAGUGAUGGUCCUGAUCGGGAUUUUGACAGCGUACAUAAUGUGCUGGGCGCCAUACUAUGGCUUCACCAUCCUACGAGAUUUCCACCCAACGCUCAUCUCUCGCCAGAAGAACUCUUUGGUGGCCUUCUACAUCAUCGAGUGCAUUGCCAUGAGCAACAGCAUGAUUAAUACCAUAUGUUUUGUCAGUGUUAAGAACAACACAGUAAAGUACUUAAGGAAGAUGGUACUGCUGCGCUGGAGGACAACAUAUGCACCCAGUAAAACUGAUGAGAUGGAUGUUAGGGACUCCUCCAUGCCUGGAACAGAGGAGGUUGAAUGCAUUCACUUGAGGUGAAAAAAAUACAUCUUUAAUAUAAAAGUUAUUUAGAUUUAGGCUGUUGAUAUACAGAAACUACACUGUUGAGAUGAACAUUUUUGCCACGUUUAAAUAACACUUUGGAAAGAUAUCGAGCAUAAUGAAGCACAAGGAAAGAUCAAACCCUAACAGCACAUCAGAUGGGACCACAUAGCUCAAACAUUGUUAGUCAGCAGCAGUAUAUAUGGAACGUAAUUGUUGUGCACACUGUGACUAUUCACUGUGUUAUUGUAAAAUGUUGUAGCAUGUGAAAAUUAUAUAUUACAUCUGAGACUUAUAAAUACAGCUGCUUCUGCCCUCAGUGAUCUAUUAUGUUGACUACAGGUUAAUAUUUGUAUCACCUGUACCUGUUUCAUUUUAUAUCAUUUUUGUAAGGUCAAAUAACUGUAGAUACUAAAUAAAUCCUUUCAUUGACCAUUGCUUUUGUAUUUUAAAUUUUCAGUUUUUCCUUUUUGUAAAUAUUCAGGACUAGUGGAGAUGUCAUUUUGUUGAAUGAAAAGCAUUGAGA